AUCGAAUCACGACUAAACCGGCUCUUGCAUUUGAGGGCUGUUAGCACGUUCAAAACACGUAUCUAGUGUGCAAGUUUGGCUUUUUAAGAUAAAGUUCUCUUUAUAAAGUUUUCCCAAGUUUUCCUUCCCACUUCUUAAACGUUACUGUCGUCAUAUCGAUAAAUUGCCCCAUACUACUAUUACUAGCCUUGAAAUCGUAGUAACUUUUCACUGACAGCAUGACUGCUUCUGUAUCUCGUUUUGCAAUCCUUCGAAUAGACGAUGAUGAAGACGAAAAAGCAGCCACAAGAGCAAGAGAUAAACAAAGGGCAGCUGCACAGAAAUUGGCAGAAUCUAAAAAUAAGGGUGGUAAAGCUCAGUUGAAUUCUGACAAAAAUGCUGUUAAGAAGUUGAAAGCGGCCCAAGAAAAGGCAGAGCUAAAAUCCUUGGCCUUCGGUGGAAGUAAGACUAAGAAAUCAUCAGCGUCUAAAAAGAAACCUGUGGUAUCUGAAGUCCCUGGGAAUUGGAACGAGUGGAAACAAAGAGAUCAAGAAUUUGUCCAAACUGACUUUGAAGCUCAAUUACAAGAAGCAAUAAUGGCAUCCAAAGUAGAUUUUGAAGCGAAUAAGAAGGAUGUCCUGAAGUUGCCAGAAAAUACUGUUAACAAGCCAUCAAAUAAAAAAAAGGGUGGUAACAGUAAGACUAAAGGAACCACUACAAUGUCAUUGGAUCAGUUCAAGCAAGGUCCUCAGGAACCUAUUCAUGAAGCCCCAGCACAUGAAGGAACUAAUGGGAAAGCUGUUGAGGAUGAUCAUUUCUUUGAUGAAGUUGCAGAUGAGGCCAAAAAAAUUGCAAGCAAGGAAAAAAAGAAAGCUGAAUUGUCAAAGAAAAGCAAUAAAAAAGCAUCUCUUCAAGUCGAACAACCACGUCUUGCUCAGCUACAAGACGAGUUAAACCAGAAAAAUCUGGAGAUAGAAAGCCUUCGAUUGGAAAACGACAAAUUGCGUGAAGAGUUAUUCAACGUCAAAACUCGCAACAAGAAACUUUGCGGAAUUUUGCUCCAAGGAGAAAUGAAAGAAAAGUCCCAACUUCUUGUGGAAAUGGACAAAAUCUCCAAAGUGAAGGACGAAUUGACCACAGAGCUUGAAAACAUGUCCAGUCAAUUACAACAAGAACGAAGCAAAGUCAGCGCUUUAACCGACUCGAAAAAGACAGCUACUUACAAAAAGAGGAAUGAUAGCGAAAAGUAACGAAGGCAACUGAACUUGUACUGCUUUAACGACGUCUUCCAGUGCUCAACAAGCAGUAAGAACGAAAUUUCAAGUUUCUCUUUAAACCAUUUGGCAUGUUUGCUUUCUCUGUACUCUAUAACUCCGUUAUUUUCAGUUAAACAUAUGUUUUCUUUGUUCAUUAAAGUUAAUCCAUACACUAUGGCUUGGCCCAUACACUAUGGCUUGGCCAGCAUUAUCGCUUCAUCGCGAUUAGAAACUUUGAGAUACACGGAAUUUAACCAAGAAA